AUGUGGUCCCUUGCCAAGCAGAAUCAAAAUAAGGGACAUGCAUGUUUUCCUUCAUUGGUGUACAUCAGAUGUGAACCGGGGCACAUACAAGAAAUGCAAUUCUAUAUGCACAUUUGCUUCAGUGGCAGUUGUUGGCAUCUGCUUGUUUCCAGAGUGCGCCUCGGGGACGAAGUGACUUUCAUGGCAGUAAAUCAAAAUAAAUUCAGUGAGACAUCUGAGUUCACUCAGGAUUGCUUUGGAGCCUGUGAGUUCACCGGAGGAGGAGGAUAUCUACCCUCAAUACUCAAGCUGCAUAUUUUCUUUUCCUCUGUCAAAAAUGGAAAUAAAUAA